CUCAACAAUAUAUGACCGUGCAGUCCCCUUCUCAAAUAAUACUUAGUCCACGUACCUAUCAGCCCUGGGACUGGCCCUUCCUCUCAUUUUGCAGUUUUUCUUACAGUUUUGGACGACGAAUAUUUCGCGACAGUUACGGACUUUGACAGCAGCCUACAAAUGAUCACUAACAAACCAUCUUACGAGGACGAGAACAUACAACAUGGACCAAGUCACAGAGCAAUUACCCGUCGAGCCCCCGAAAGCCAUUGAACUGGAUGCCAUGAUGGACGAUAUGUCUGCCAAAGGUGUCAUUUCAAUUACACCGGCACCCAAAUUCUCAUACACACCCCAGUUCCCAUCAGAGAGCUCAGUCAUCUUGGGCCGUCUCAAGAACGAUUCCCAAACAGAGGGCAACGGGAAUGUCAGAGAGAAACCUUCCGCAGACUUGAAACACACUUUGACUAUGCCGACACCUACUAAAGCCAAAGGUCAAUCUUCACUAGCAUACUCUCUCAAUGCAGGCGUGAAACGAAAACGAGAAGAACUGUCGGAAAAGAUUGAUCUGACUCGAAGCACUGUCCCCUUCCCGUGGAAAGUCCACUCUCAAACUCAACAAGCUACUAUCGAGGCUAAGCAUGCCGGAGAGGAAACCCGAUGUUCAAUGUGUGACGGUUCUGCUCAAGUUUCCCCCUUAGUCACAUGCGUUAGAUGUCUUGUAUCUUGGCACCAAAAAUGCCAUCCUCCUUUGGUUAGGGGCGAGGACAUGACUUCUGCAAGCUUCACUUGUGCUAAGUGCGUUGCGGCCAGAGAACAAACCGUCAGACUCAGGGGCAGAGUUAGUCAGCAACGGGAACACGAAAUCGAGCGGCUUCGUCAGAAACGCCUGUCUGCUCUCCCCAAGGGUGUUAUCCCUGCAAAACCUCACCUCGUGGGGUUUGGUCCUGGUCGGACUUCGGAGGCUUCACGAGCACAAUACUUUGAAUCCGUGCCGAAGACGGACCUUCUUAACAUCCUAUCAUUGUGCGAUCAACUAAGACCAAACCUUCUUGUUGACUUGCUCGUAUCUAUCUCAAAACGGCAUCCUGAAAUGCCCAUAUUCGAUUCACCUGACUGGGAUAGUCAAUUUUCAAACACUUCUCGGCCUCCUAAAACAAAGCAUGACGAGAAGCCGCGACAUGGCCAUGUUCUUGUCAAUAGAGCAGCAAAACCGAAGCAAAAGACGACGAAAAAGAUACUCAAACGCACUCGGGUCAUAGAAGUCAUCACAAGUGCGCCAGAGGAAGAUAAUGUCGAUAUUCUGCCGCCAACUUGGGCAAAGGCUGGCCAUGGGUUAUACUCACAUUUACUGCCUGAUACAGAAGACAGGUCGCUUCUCAUGGAUGAGAACGAUGAAGAAUCAUUCAGUCACUUUUUGGUCGAUGGGGCUGGGCGUCAGAUCAUGGAACCUGUGGGUGCUUAAUGGAGAAAAGAACAGGCAUUUGUGCAAUUUUGGUGGUCUUUUUGCAGCUAAUUCGGGAAAAGAUUCGGAGUCAGUCUAGGCAUAGGAGUUGAAGGGAAAUUUCAGCUUCAGGCCAAUCAGCCACUAUGGAAGCUUAUUCGUUAAUAACCAUCACGAAACAAAAACUCGAGACCGAGAAAACAUUGUUCAAUUCCGGGCUUUAAGCGUUAUCAUAUGAAUUAUUUGAUUUGUGAUAAGAAACAGAAGACAUCGACAAGACGAGUGGGAUUAUCCGGUAAUCCCAAGCAAAGAAACACAUUCCAGUUCCAAGUCAUCCUCCAUCCAUUACAUAUUAGACCUUGCAUCCGAAGAUGCCCUUGAGGCUGACGUGGAUGCUAGCGACGAUGCGGAUGAGGCCCUGGAUCUUGACAGAAGCACAAGCUCCGACCUUGUUGACAAAGAGAACGGUGUCCUUGACAAUGCAGAAACCAACGAGUCCGUUGACAUAGCCACCGAUGCUGCCACGGACAUCAACGUAGUUCUUGCAGCCCUUGGAGCAGUAAGAAACGCAGUCAUAGACCUGGCAGUUACCGAGACCGAGGAAGCAGGUAAUGCUCUUGACAAAGUCGACAACAGCGUAGACGAGGCCACCAGUGACGCUUCCGGGGCGAACGGCAUAUCCGUACUUGUUGGUGUUGAAGAGGGCGACGGCAUCAGCGCUGCUCUCGAGGUAGAGACCAGCAAGACCACCACAGACGGUCUUGAGGCUGGCGCUCAGCUGACCCUUGACAUUGAUGGCGGCACCGCCAUAGAGAGCAACCUCAGCGCCGAUAGAAAGAGGAGCAAGGAAGACAGUGUUCUUGAGGCUAGCCUGGCAGUAGGCGUGCUUAGUAUCGUACUUGACGAUCUUGUAGGGAGAAGCAGCACAGUAAGUGCCGAGCUUGACGUCAACGCCGGCGCCGGCGUAGACACUGGCACUGGGCUUGGGCCAGCAGCCAGAAACCUUCUUGCCAGCGCACUUCUUGGCCUUGCCAUCCCAGGACUGGCCGGGAGGGCAUGAGCAGGCCUUGGUCCAGGGACAGUAGGACAUGGCACCGGGGCAGGAGAAGGUGGUGCGAGCCUCAAGGUUGUUGGAAUCGGAGCGGAUGGUGAAGUCGCUAGGGGAGAUGUUGGAGGUGGUAUCAAGGAGGGCAUCUGGGGCAGGGAUGGCAGAAGCCAUCGAGGCCAUCGAGGCCAGAGUGACGAGAAAGUUGGAGAAGUACAUUUUGAUGAUGCAGUAGGAGAUUUGGUAGUAAGAUAGAGAGUGGUUAUUUGUUUGAAAUGGUUGGAAGAGGUGAAAGAAUGUUAAAUAUGCCUUUAAGGCCUUGUUGAAGCGAAUGUAAGUUGAAGAAGUUGAUAGAAGAGAG